CACUUCCUCCUCGCGUCAGGGACUGUACCUGCGAGCGAGAGAGCGAGCGCGCGCACAGAGACUGCGGGCGCUCGCGCGCAGUGCGACGUCACGCGUUCAGCCCCGAAGUCAUCUGCCACAUCAUCUCGCGCUUUGCUCGCGGAACCCGCCGGGCGAAAGGAAAGGGGAAAGCGGCUCCGGCGGCAUCCGAGCGAGCGAGGAGAGGAGCCACAGAGCAGCUGUGUGUUGCUGACUGUGUGCGUUAGACAGCGGGAGUCGCUCUCCGGGCAUUCCUUCCUCCCUCGGAGGACAAAAAGAGGAGGAAGACGAGACUCCGUCUCCGCGCCAAAAUGCUGCAGUCGCUGACGAGCAACUCGUGCGUGCGCCUCAUCCAGAGCAACCGCUCCACCUGGUACUUCCUGUUCCUCGUGCUCGGCUACGUGCUCUACCUGGUCUUCGGCGCCGUGGUCUUCUCCUCGGUGGAGCUGCCCUACGAGGACCUGCUGCGCCAGGAGCUGCGCGCCGUCAAGCGCCAGUUCCUGCAGGACAACGAGUGCCUGUCGGAGGAGCGCCUCGAGGAGUUCCUGGCGCGCGCGCUCGAGGCCAGCAACUACGGCGUGUCCGUGCUGAACAACGCGUCGGCCAACUGGAAUUGGGACUUCACCUCGGCGCUCUUCUUCGCCAGCACCGUGCUGUCCACCACGGGGUAUGGCCACACGGCACCGCUGUCAGACGGGGGCAAGGCAUUCUGCAUUGUGUACUCUGUCAUUGGCAUCCCCUUCACCCUGCUCUUCCUCACGGCUGUGGUGCAGAGGAUCAUGGUCUUCAGCACAAGACGGCCCGUCAUGUAUGUGCACACGCGCUGGGGCCUCUCCAAGCCCCUGGUGGCAGCCAUCCACGCUGCCCUCUUGGCUGUUGUCAUAACAUCCUGCUUCUUCCUAAUCCCUGCUGCCAUCUUCUCUGCCCUGGAGGGUGACUGGAAUUUCCUGGAGUCCUUCUACUUCUGCUUCAUCUCCCUCAGCACCAUCGGGCUUGGUGACUAUGUCCCCGGGGAGGGCUACAACCAAAAGUUUCGUGAGCUCUACAAAGUGGGCAUCACUGUUUACCUGAUCCUGGGUUUGAUUGCCAUGCUUGUGGUCCUGGAGACCUUCUGUGAGCUGCAGCAGCUGAAGCAGCUGAGGAAGAUGUUCUACCUGAAGAAGGAGAAACCCCAGGACCGGCUGAACAUCCUGGAUCAUGACCACCUGUCGUUCACGUCGGUAGCCGACCACUCCUCCACGCUCCGCGAGGACAAGACGGAGCCCUUUGUGGAUGUUCCGGUCCUUUCUUCCCCAGCAGGGGAUGACCCCAUGAUCAGAUAAGGGAAGAGUCUGGGAGCUCGGUGUGUGCUGUGGGCAGUGACUUUCAGGUGGGACCUGGAGGUCAGGUCCCAAAGAAGGCUUAGAAGCAAAAUGUUGAGUUCCAUUGCAUUUUUUUUCCCAGUUGUUAUCAUACUCUAGCAUUUUUUUUAAUUUGUUGUCAUUAACUAUGUUACUGUAUGUGAUAAUACAAAAUAUAUAAUGGAAUGAUGCUAGGUUUUUUUUUUUUUUUUUUUUCUUCUUUUCUUUUCAACUGUCUGUACACUAACUUGUAGCUCUAGGUGGUGCCUGUACCUGUUUAACUAGAGAUGGUCUAGAUGGCCACUGGCCAAAUGACUGAAGAACAAACAGAUGACAUGUAGAGUCAAACCCAUAGACUGUCCAGCACAGGACUUGCCUGCGAAUACAUACUGUUAGAAGUUAAAGAAUUUCGUAAGUAGAAAAGUGCAUGGAUUUAAACACAUCAUCUUACUUUCAAGUCAGGUUCAAGUACAAAUCAUCUAGUUAACAGCAGUGAAUAUAAAGCAACUAGUUGUUUGAUCUAAUGUCUCAACAGUAUAGCUUAAUGUUUUUGUGAAGGAUAAAUGCUGUAUAAGCUGCACAGGUUUUUUUUUUUUUUUUUUUUAAAUCAUUAUACUGAUAUGUCUUUGAACCAUAAGAAGGGAACUGUGUUUUGAACAUAAGGCUUAGGGGCUGGCCCCUUACUUUACAAUGUAUUGUACAGAGUAGUUUACAGAGUGUUGCUGUAAAUGUAUCUCAAUGAGAUACAGGAUCUGCAUACAUUUUAGGAAAUUACAGUUGAAUGUUGGAGGACAGCAGCUGAUGGGGAUCGGGAGAAUUGCCUUCAGUCUGAAUUUAUAAGUUUACGCUUCUGCCGACAUGAUGGAUUGCUUUGAUCCCACUCCUACAAACAAAAGCAGGGAAUUAUUCCAGUAAGUAUACUAUCAAUAUUGCAUCCUGAGUGGAACGACAAGGUACUGAAAUGUAAAAGAAAUUGAGUUUUACAAUUUCCCUUGCAUCUCUUGUACUGUUUAGUUAUAGAUCCCUGCUGCUUGCACUAUGUGGGGCAAGUGUCUAGUUAAAGACGAGACAAAUCUAAAGAGCCUGAAGAUUAUGUAGGCUCUCUGGACCCUUGUUAGAUCCACAGAAGCUUUUUCAAACUUUCUUUUAAGCAAAUGCUGAAGAGUAGCUCAUUCACUGUUUUUCCACAAUGUCCAAUGUGAGGCAAGCAGGAACAGUUUGGGCCAGUAAAUCUCAAAAUCACGUAUGUCUGCAUGCAACGCCUCCUCAUAAAUUGGCAUCCAUGAUGGAUGCGGGGCUCGAGAUUCUGCAAAAAACAAGGCGUCGUGGUUCGAUUCUACUUCGGAUCGAGCACGAUCUGAGGUAUCUGUCCCUGCUUUGUUCCUUUCCUUUGUUUGCAAGCUCCAGAUUAGCAUGGCAGUUAAAUGACCAUGGGAUCAUCCAUGCUGCUAAUGUACCAUUAAGGCAAAAUUAUUUAUUAUAGUCCUAGAAACAGUUUAACAGCCUUGUGUGGCAAAACAAGUCCAAUUUAUCAAAUCAUAAACUGAUUUAGAACAUUUUUCUUUUAACAUCAUCAAAUCAAGAUUUGUUUCAAAUUUGACAGCAUAACCUCCUGUAUUCCGGGUGCAAAAAAGAGGGAAAUGUUGGGUAUUUCAUUGACAGGUUUGCAGGUUUUUGGUUAUUCUUCAUGAGACUUGGACAAAACCGCUCCUGCUGGUUCAAUGCGUGGUUUCGAAGACUGACACAAUAUCCCAUCCUGGCUCAGACUUUACUCUUAUGCCUUUGUGUCAUGUAAGAUUGUGUUCAAGGCCUGUAACCGUAAGUAUUUUGUGGAUAGGUGCACUUGUUAGGUGAGUCAACAGUGUAGCUGUAUUUUAAUGAUGUAACUGCUAUUUGAUGUCAUUCUAUAAUGCUGUUAGGAUAUUAUUUAUUUAACUGUGGGCAAGUACAGCCCAUUUCUCCUGGGGAACUUGAGUCUCUCGUACUGUGACCUAUUUAUUGUCGAAAUGGAGGGAACUUGAGCACAGCAUGUCAUCCGCCACACACCGGUGAUUGUCUGCUUCCACGCAUGUUGCGGCGUGGUGUGUGCAUGCCCGGUUUGGCCUGUGGAACGGGAACUCGUGUGUGCAGAACAGCAGAAGGGAAAAGGCCCUCUUCAUUCUUAACACUUUUGUUUCUGCAGCCCACGUAGAAAACGGGCGCAAACGCAAGGGCCUGUAAAGUGACGCAACGCAUGGAUGCCGCUGUUUGACGCACUUAUGCACAGUCUGCAACUGACGUGCACCUACUUGUUUAACUAGCAAGUGUAUGAUCUAAUUGGCACAAUGACCUGGCGUUGUCAGGCUGCACUGGGAAGCAGUACUAGAAUAGUACAGAGAGAGUCUGUAAACAAGGCAUCUGUGUUAAAUAUCUCAAUGUAAACUUGGCAAAUUAAUGCAUUUCAAACUAUCGUGUCGUGUCUUUGAAAUAAAGAGUCGUUUUGUUACAACCAGCUGCUGUUGUGUGA